CAGAAAAUUUCCUGCGUUGUUCAUGGAGUUUUUCAUCAGUAUGUCUGAAACCAUUAAAUAUAAUGACGAUGAUCACAAAACUGUGUUUCUGAAAACAUUAAAUGAACAACGUUUGGAAGGAGAAUUCUGUGACAUAGCUAUUGUGGUUGAGGAUGUUAAAUUCCGAGCACAUCGGUGUGUACUUGCUGCCUGCAGUACCUACUUCAAAAAGCUUUUCAAAAAACUAGAAGUUGAUAGUUCAUCAGUUAUAGAAAUAGAUUUUCUUCGUUCUGAUAUUUUUGAGGAAGUUCUCAAUUACAUGUAUACUGCAAAGAUUUCUGUUAAGAAAGAGGAUGUAAAUUUGAUGAUGUCUUCAGGCCAGAUUCUUGGUAUUCGUUUUUUAGAUAAACUCUGCUCUCAGAAACGUGAUGUAUCUAGUCCUGAAGAAAACACACAGUCCAAGAGCAAGUACUGUCUAAAAAUAAACCGUCCUAUCGGGGAAGCUAACGAUGCCCAGGACGAUGAGGUGGAAGAAAUUGGAGAUCACGACGAUAGCCCAUCAGAUGUGACAGUGGAAGGAACUCCCCCCAGUCAGGAGGAUGGAAAAUCGCCUACCACUACCCUGAGAGUUCAAGAAGCAAUUCUGAAAGAGCUGGGGAGUGAAGAGGUUCGAAAAGUCAACUGUUAUGGCCAGGAAGUAGAGCCUAUGGAAACAACUGAAUCAAAAGACUUAGGAUCUCAAACCCCUCAAGCACUGACAUUUAAUGAUGGCAUAAGUGAGGUGAAAGAUGAACAGACACCAGGCUGGACAACAGGAGCUGGGGACAUGAAGUUUGAGUAUUUGCUUUAUGGUCACAGGGAGCAUAUUGUUUGUCAGGCUUGUGGCAAGACGUUUUCCGAUGAGGCGCGACUGAGGAAACAUGAAAAGCUACACACUGCUGAUAGGCCGUUUGUUUGUGAGAUGUGUACAAAGGGCUUUACCACACAAGCUCACUUGAAAGAGCAUCUGAAAAUACACACAGGUUACAAGCCUUACAGUUGUGAGGUGUGUGGAAAGUCUUUUAUUCGUGCACCGGAUCUAAAAAAGCACGAAAGAGUUCACAGUAAUGAGAGGCCCUUUGCAUGCCAUAUGUGUGACAAAGCUUUCAAGCACAAGUCCCACCUCAAAGACCACGAGAGGAGACAUCGAGGAGAGAAGCCUUUUGUCUGCACUUCCUGCACAAAAGCCUUUGCUAAGGCCUCGGAUCUAAAAAGGCACGAGAACAAUAUGCACAGUGAAAGGAAACAAGUUCCUGCGGCCAAUGCCAUCCAGAGUGAAACAGAACAAUUACAGGCAGCAGCUAUGGCUGCUGAAGCAGAGCAGCAGUUAGAAACUAUAGCUUGUAGUUAGAAACAAAAGCAGCAACUUUAACAGAAAUAAUAUAAGAAAUUAAACUGAUCAGAAUUUAUUGGUGGCAUAUGUUUAGACUGAUAAUUAUCUUUUCAAGAAAACUUAUUUUUAGAGGAUUUGAAUGCUGCAUAGGAACACACAGCAUUGCUUCGUUAGAUAUUUUAAAGUAAUUCAGAGAUGUGUAUUCUUAGAGCAUAAAAUCGUUUUGUUGCCAUUAGAGCUAUAAUGCACUAACACAUGAUUUAAUUUAAGAAUAUGAUCAAGUUCUCUGUAAAACAGAGGGAUCAUCACUGGCUGAUGUUGUAUUUCAUCCAGUAUGGAAUAUUACAUGCGUUAUAGACAUCAAAAUCAGUGAUUUAUGUUUCAAAAUGCUGACAUCUCAAAAU